AAGAACAUAGUGGAUUUAGAUAUACGAACCAGCCUGUAUUGAUGUAUAGGCAGUCGGUACCGAUGAAUAUUCAGCAGGUCAAUUCAAUGCACAGUCAGCAGCUGGUACCAAUGCAUCAACAAUCCGUACCGAUGCAGCAGGAGCCCGUGCAAAUGUAUCAGCAACCCGUGCAGAUAUAUCAACAGCCUAUGCAGAUGUAUCAGCAGCCUGAACCAAUGCAGACAGAGCCUGCACCGAUGUAUCAUCAGCCCGUAACGCUGCAAGAACAGCCUGCACCGACACACCAGCAGCUUGCUGACGAGACUCGGCCACAGCCCUGGGUGAAAAUGUUACCGGUAAUCGGCAUGUUUCCAGCAGCCUUGGCAACCAUCCUGUAUAUCGUUUCAUUAGCAACUAACGAGUUCGUCACCUGGAACGCUCGGGACCUAACAGCCGGAUACUUUAAAAUCUGCUUUUCGUACUCUUAUGGCAUUUCCUAUAGUAAAUGUGCCUUUCAUACUGAGGCACUAGUGUGGGGUAUAGUAAUGGCAAUCGCUAUUCUGGCAGCGUCGGUGGCUAUUCUGACGGGUUUGCUCGGAUUCACAGGAAAUUCAACUGCCGUAUUUAUCCCUGCACCUUUCCUUGGACUUUCUUUUAUACUGGCAUGUGUGAGCGUGAUUGGUGGAGCCAAUACAGAAUAUCAAGGUUAUAAGAAAAGUGAUGCGCCUGGAAUCAAGUUUGGUUACAGUUUCUACUUAGCCAUCGUCGGUAUCUUUAUUAAUCUUUUUGCGCUAAUUAUCGCCAUAUAUUGGAUAAUCCGUACGAAACAAGACCACACAACCCCAGUAGCUAAUUUUGAGACUCAGACUUACAGUGGCUCGCAAGCAGGUCCGGUGAAAGAACCUUCCAAACCUGAAUCCAUGUAUCCAACAGGGGCGGCAGUUUGUAUUGACCAAGGAUAUAAUUCCGGAACUGUCCUGUACACGCAACCCCAAACACCAGUGCGACCACCCCCGCCUCAAACAACAAUAUUGGCAAGAUUACCGUCAAAGAGCGAGUCGACGGUCGCCCACCACACGGCGACCAGUUUCGGAAAAUACGAAGAUUCAAAAAUCUCCGCACAGAAACCGGCCAGACCUACUCUUCCUCCACAAGCACCAACUGGUGGAUUUAGGACAAGCGAUUCUUCCGACAAUAUUCUGCACAUAUAGCAGGUAUAGACGAGAAUUAAGAAAACAGUGAUACGUGGACGACAUCAAAAUAUUUCACGUUUUUUAAUUCUAAUCUCUUCGUACUCUCAAUAAGAGAUAUACAUUAAACAGAGAAACAGCGAAAUAUGGUUAAAUAUUUGUAUGUCAGGGUUUUACUCAUGG